GCACAGCCCGCGGGGCGGGUCGCAACCUGUCACUAGUCCCUCCGACCAUGUCCCGGGCCAGCGGCUUGUAACUCAGCGGCCAAGGCUUCCUACUUGCCUGGAGCCCCGAUGCCGGCGGCAGCGGCGGCCCUGGCUUCGGCCGACCCCCCUCCCGCGAUGCCACCAGCGUCAGGGACUGGCGGGCCCGCAGCCCGCAGAGACUUCUACUGGCUGCGCUCCUUCCUGGCUGGAGGUAUUGCUGGAUGCUGUGCCAAAACAACAGUUGCUCCUUUGGAUCGAGUAAAGGUUCUAUUACAAGCUCAUAAUCACCAUUACAAACAUUUAGGAGUGUUUUCUACUUUACGCGCUGUUCCCCAAAAAGAAGGAUACCUUGGUUUGUAUAAAGGAAAUGGUGCGAUGAUGAUUCGAAUCUUUCCCUAUGGCGCAAUCCAGUUCAUGGCAUUUGAACAAUAUAAAACGUUAAUUACUACAAAGCUGGGAAUUUCAGGUCAUGUGCACAGAUUAAUGGCUGGAUCCAUGGCAGGUAUGACAGCCGUUAUCUGUACUUACCCUCUUGACGUGGUUAGAGUGCGCCUAGCAUUCCAGGUGAAAGGGGAGCACACGUACACAGGAAUUAUCCAUGCAUUUAAGACAAUUUAUGCAAAGGAAGGCGGUUUCCUUGGGUUUUACAGAGGCCUGAUGCCGACUAUAUUAGGAAUGGCUCCAUAUGCAGGUGUUUCAUUUUUUACUUUUGGUACCUUAAAGAGCGUCGGGCUUUCCCAUGCUCCGACUCUUCUUGGCAGACCUUCAUCAGACAAUCCUAAUGUCUUAGUUCUGAAAACUCACAUAAAUUUACUUUGUGGUGGUGUUGCUGGAGCAAUAGCACAAACGAUAUCUUACCCUUUUGAUGUGACUCGUCGAAGAAUGCAGUUAGGAACUGUUCUCCCAGAGUUUGAAAAGUGCCUUACCAUGCGGGAGACGAUGAAGUAUGUCUAUGGACAGCAUGGCAUUCGGAAAGGAUUGUAUCGUGGGUUAUCACUUAAUUACAUUCGCUGCAUCCCCUCUCAAGCAGUGGCUUUUACAACUUAUGAACUUAUGAAGCAGUUUCUUCACCUCAACUGAAAAGAAAUCCUGUGUUUUCUCCGUUAAUGUAUUGUU